CUCUGUUACGUUUUAGCUGUUCGGUCGCAUUUUCCGCUGCGCCUUUUCCGAAGCUGCAAGUGAAGCACACAGCAAUUGUUUUCUUUUUUUUUGUAUUUGUAAAAGUGUAUUAAGACGAAAGAAGUGCCAAGCAUAGUAAUUAAAUCACUCAAGGUUCGUGGCUGGAGUCUUAGCCAGGUGUGGUGUAAAGCGCCUUAAUCACCAAGAUGAGUUACAUGCCAGCCCAGAAUCGGACAAUGUCCCAUAAUAAUCAAUACAAUCCGCCGGAUCUGCCACCAAUGGUGUCCGCCAAGGAGCAGACUCUGAUGUGGCAGCAGAACUCGUACCUGGGCGACUCCGGCAUCCAUUCGGGCGCUGUUACCCAGGUCCCAUCGCUGUCUGGGAAGGAGGAUGAGGAGAUGGAGGGUGAUCCGCUUAUGUUCGAUCUGGACACUGGUUUCCCACAGAACUUUACACAGGAUCAGGUGGACGAUAUGAACCAGCAGCUGAGCCAGACACGCUCACAACGCGUUCGAGCUGCCAUGUUCCCAGAGACGCUGGAGGAGGGCAUCGAGAUACCUUCCACCCAGUUUGAUCCGCAGCAGCCAACGGCGGUGCAACGUCUGUCGGAGCCAUCGCAGAUGUUAAAGCACGCGGUGGUUAAUCUAAUCAACUACCAGGAUGAUGCCGAGUUGGCCACCAGGGCCAUUCCCGAGUUGAUUAAGCUGCUGAACGACGAGGAUCAGGUGGUGGUGUCCCAGGCCGCCAUGAUGGUCCACCAGCUGUCAAAGAAGGAGGCCUCCCGGCAUGCCAUUAUGAACAGCCCCCAGAUGGUGGCCGCCCUGGUGCGUGCCAUCUCGAACAGCAACGAUCUGGAGAGCACCAAGGCAGCCGUUGGCACGCUGCACAACUUGUCGCACCAUCGUCAAGGUCUGUUGGCCAUCUUCAAGAGCGGCGGUAUACCGGCUCUCGUCAAGCUGCUCUCCUCGCCAGUGGAGAGUGUGCUCUUCUAUGCAAUUACCACGCUGCACAACCUGCUGCUGCAUCAGGAUGGCUCCAAGAUGGCCGUCCGUUUGGCGGGUGGACUCCAGAAAAUGGUCACUUUGCUGCAGAGGAACAAUGUCAAGUUCCUGGCCAUUGUUACCGAUUGUCUCCAAAUUCUGGCCUACGGCAAUCAGGAGAGCAAACUGAUUAUCCUCGCCUCCGGUGGACCGAACGAACUGGUGCGCAUCAUGCGCUCCUACGACUACGAGAAGCUGCUGUGGACCACCUCGCGUGUACUGAAGGUGCUGUCCGUCUGCUCCAGCAACAAGCCAGCCAUCGUAGACGCCGGUGGCAUGCAGGCGCUGGCCAUGCACUUGGGCAACAUGUCGCCCCGUCUUGUGCAGAACUGCCUGUGGACGCUGCGUAAUCUGUCGGAUGCGGCCACCAAGGUGGAGGGUCUCGAGGCCUUGCUCCAGUCGCUCGUCCAGGUGCUCGGCUCCACCGAUGUCAACGUGGUCACCUGUGCCGCCGGCAUCCUCUCGAAUCUGACGUGCAACAAUCAACGCAACAAGGCUACCGUUUGCCAGGUGGGCGGCGUGGAUGCCCUCGUCCGUACGAUCAUCAAUGCCGGCGAUCGCGAGGAGAUUACUGAGCCGGCUGUCUGCGCCCUGCGUCACUUGACCUCGCGUCACGUCGACUCUGAGCUGGCCCAGAAUGCCGUGCGUCUAAACUACGGUCUAUCGGUGAUUGUGAAGCUCUUGCAUCCCCCAUCACGCUGGCCGUUGAUCAAGGCCGUAAUUGGGCUUAUUCGCAAUUUGGCCCUUUGUCCGGCCAACCAUGCCCCGUUGCGUGAGCACGGGGCCAUACAUCACCUGGUGCGGCUGCUAAUGCGUGCCUUCCAGGACACAGAGAGGCAACGCUCAUCGAUUGCCACCACUGGCUCCCAGCAGCCAUCUGCAUACGCUGACGGUGUACGCAUGGAGGAGAUUGUCGAGGGCACGGUGGGGGCAUUGCAUAUCCUGGCCCGGGAGUCGCACAACCGGGCACUCAUCCGCCAGCAGUCGGUGAUACCGAUCUUUGUGCGUUUGCUUUUCAACGAAAUUGAAAAUAUUCAGCGCGUGGCUGCCGGAGUUCUUUGUGAGCUGGCCGCCGACAAGGAGGGCGCCGAGAUUAUCGAGCAGGAGGGUGCCACCGGGCCACUGACCGAUCUGCUGCACUCACGCAACGAGGGCGUGGCCACGUACGCCGCCGCCGUGCUCUUCCGGAUGAGCGAGGACAAGCCGCAGGACUACAAGAAGCGGCUGUCCAUCGAGCUGACCAACUCGCUACUGCGCGAGGACAACAACAUUUGGGCCAACGCUGACCUGGGCAUGGGUCCCGAUCUGCAGGAUAUGCUUGGACCCGAAGAAGCAUAUGAGGGCCUGUACGGACAGGGUCCGCCCAGUGUGCACAGUUCGCACGGAGGUCGCGCAUUCCAUCAGCAAGGAUAUGAUACUCUACCAAUAGAUUCAAUGCAGGGUCUAGAGAUCAGCAGCCCGGUGGGCGGCGGCGGCGGCGCUGGCGGAAAUGCUGGCAAUGGCGGAGCGGUUGGUGGUGCUGGCAACGGCGGUGGUGCUCUCGGUGCCAUCCCGCCCAGCGGCGCACCCACAUCGCCCUAUUCCAUGGACAUGGACGUUGGCGAGAUUGAUGCCGGUGCAUUGAACUUUGAUUUGGACGCCAUGCCGACGCCACCCAAUGACAACAACAACCUGGCUGCCUGGUACGAUACCGACUGUUAGACGACACCGCUAAGGGUAAGGGAGCCCGAGAUUCCAUUCGGCUCCCCAAACACACACAAAAACACAGACACACAUGCGAAUAUCCCCGUCCCCUACCCCGGCAUUAUAGCCCUCUUCCACCGGCUGCCUUCUGGACUGAAGCAAAAGGACGACGACGUGGGAUGGAUCACGGUUAAGGGAUCCAUCGAUUUGAUGAGAUCAACGUCAUGUGUUGAUUUUACUUGGCAAAGACGAAGGGGACGCUGCUGUAACUGGAUGGAGGAUGAGGAGGCACAGAAGGCACUGCCAGCGGUGGAAGAAGGCUAUUAUUCACACAACACCCACCCCCAAGCACACACUCUUACACAACGCAUACUUGCAAAAUACAUAUAUAUUAAUUAUAAUGCGAAUGCAGCUGCAAAAAGAAAAAUAUUCUAUGACUACAUAUUAUCCUCAUAAACGAAAUGGAAAAAUUAAACAAAUGUUUGCAAUAGAACUCGUACAUUUCCUUCA